AAAGAAGAGAAAGCGGAGAAGGCCAAGGUCAAGAAGGCAGUCCAAAAGGGCAAUAUGGAGGUUGCCCGGAUACAUGCGGAAAACGCCAUUCGCCAGAAGAACCAAUCAGUGAACUUCCUCAGAAUGAGCGCAAGAGUGGAUGCGGUGGCUGCGCGAGUACAGACAGCAGUCACCAUGAACAAGGUCACCAAAUCUAUGGCUGGGGUGGUGAAGGGCAUGGAUGCAACCCUGAAGAGCAUGAACCUUGAGAAGAUUUCAGCUCUAAUGGAUAAGUUUGAGCGUCAGUUUGAAACUCUGGAUGUACAGACGGCUCAUAUGGAGGACACAAUGAGCAGCACCACAACACUCACUACACCACAGGGUCAAGUCGAUGCUCUGAUGAUGGAAAUGGCAGAUGAGGCCGGGUAAGAACAUUUCAAAUGCUGAGAUUCAUU